AUGGAUGACCAAUCUGCCCAGACUUUCAUUGGAACAGACGCCUCGGAUAAUCUCACGGCCCGAGAGACGAAGCACCUUCAUAUAUGGCCUUAUUACAUGGAAGAUCCUUUCGUAACAUGCGCCACCGCUAUCCAACUGCCCCAUCCUGGUCGACGCAAAACUCUUCAAUCUCUAAACGACAGUAUUCGAUCUAGAGCCCUACUUCUAAGUCGCUCUGCCUACCCAGCUUCCGAAUCAGAAUGGAAGAUGAACGUGAGAAAUUCUAUCGCACAAGCUCUGGACACCACUUCUUUCACCGAUUGUACGGUCACUUUUCAUGAUACUUACGAUCUCAACGAUGAGAAUGAUCCUGUAAGGAAACACAUGGAUCUUAGACUUCAGUCUAUUGAUAUUGCUAAACGUAACGCAGUAGAAGAUAGAACCAUCUGUGUCUCUACUGGUAUUACUCAAGGUCGAGGACCUGUUUUUGGAAUCAUAUUCCCAGAAUCCUUGGACCAAUUUGGUAAAGCUCUUUGUACCAAAAUGAUGUCUUUAGCCCGUUAUCCAAAUCAUUCGCCUGCUAAAACCAAAAUUGAUAGGUUAUUAAGUGAAGGGGGAUCAGAAGCUCAGGUUCAUUUUGAACAAAGAGCAGAAGGGGCAACAUGGGACACUUUGGAAGGAACAGGAUUGUUGAACGACGGUUUCAGCGUUAGGAUGCUCAAGGCAGAAGAUACGGACUAG